AUGGCCGAUAAUGCUGGCGCCACUGCAUCAGUGACAAACACGCCUCCCCGCAACUCUGGCUUGCCCGCCGACCUCAAGUCCACCCCACACGCAGUUGGAUCCGCUGUUGUCAGCGAAUAUAUCGAUACUCUGGGCGUUAAUGUCAGUGAUGUCCGUCCAUGGAUCGGGCGCGAUGUCAAGAACUACCAGCAAUCUGGGGCAGACGAAAUGCUGCAGCAGCUCCUUGAAAUGUGUACAGAUCCUUCCCAAUCCCUUCCUUCCAGUCAGAAGUCGACCCUAUUCGAUACUUCUCUGGAGGCUGUCCUACACCUCUGCAAUGGGCCAGGCGUAGCGCAGAAUAUCAAGCAACACUUGACUAAAUUCUGUAUCAUCGAGAGCGAAACUCCCUCUUACACUGAUUUCGUCCAAGCUGCCAACUAUGCACUUCGUGGACUGAGGAAGGUGAAUGUGCCUGGAAUACCAGCUUUCCAAGACGACGACGAAACAAAUGUCCUCUUUCAUGUGAAUGAUCCAUCGUUCAUACACCAAGAACAUCAGGGUAAGAAGUCCAGCCGCAAGCCUGAUGUCGUUGUCGUUUCUUACAAGAGUGCUGCGGAUAUCAUGCCGGAGGGAAAAUCCACAAACGUUUACCAGUCUGCGUGCAAGAAGCCCACCAAAGACCAUGAGAACUUCCAAUGGAUACAAGUUCGAACGACAUUUGAGUUCAAACGCCCGAAGAAGCGUCUGUCUCAUCCACCGUCCACUUACAAUAAGGACUACGUGGUUCCUGCUGUCCUGUAUAUGGAUUAUAUGAAGGAGACGAGCGCGUCUGCUCACCCAACAGACUCAACACCUGCCACUGGUCCUGCUGAGACCUCCUACAAGAAGUCGAACGAGCUACAAAAUAUAUCCGAGCGACUCAGAAGCAGCAAACGCGGCUCUGAUCAUUUAGGCUCCAAUGAGCUGCCCAACAUCAAACGAUCCAAGCAGGACGAAGAGGGGCAACCCAGGCAGGAGCAGGAUGAUGAUGAGGAGGACGAUGACGAGGACGAGAAGAAGAAGGAGGAGCCGAGGAAACAUCAUCCUGUCGUCCAGAAUGGUUUAUAUGUUGCGGGAGAUCAUGUCAUUUCCUUUAUCGUUAACAACGACAUCAUUUACCUCUGGUGGUUCGAUCGUCACCACACGAUUCAAUGCGCUGGCAUCAACUUCGUUCAGGACCUUCCACGCUUUGUUGUCUUGCUCUUCAUCAUGCAGCGCAUGGGAUACAAGCAAUGGGGCCUUCAUCCGUUAUUUGAACCUGAACCUGGAUAUGAGGGCGAAAUUAUCGUCGAGUGUGAGGACAAGGACAAGGGCAACCGAGAUAAAGAAGGUCAGGAUAAGAAGAAGCGCGUCGACCUUAUAUUGGAUUUGAAGUCUAAGAAGCGCAUGACUCAUUUCGGUCUACGCGGACCUCUUUGGCCAGAAGAGGCACGCCAGAGCGAGCCCGAGAUCCUUGAAGAGGUCUAUAAGAUUGCGCAGGAAGAUCCGGAUGUGUUGGGUCACGUUCCAGAGAUGGUCUGGUUCCACAAGUUCGAAGGAACAUCCACGGCAAUAAUCCGAAAGGCACUAGGAAUCGACGACACAGGGAGCCGCGCCUUAUACAUCAUCGUGUUCAGAAAGCUUGACCCGAUCACGACGCUGAGCGGUGACGAGCUCCUCCUCGCAUGGUGGGAAGUCGUGAAGUGUAAGUCUCCUGUCCUUUUCUUGUUGUUUAUCACACACUCACUACUCCAACAGGCCAUCGCGCCCUCUGGAAGAGGGGCGUGCAUCACCCGCGAUGUUAGCCCCAGCAAUCUCAUGGGAUAUCGCUUAGGUGGUCGAUUCAUCAGCGUCCUCAACGACUUCGACUUGUCGUCGAUCAAACGAUUUUUGUCCUCUAUUAAAGACGCUCCCAAAGGCUUCGAGCGCACAGGAACAGUACCCUUCAUGUCAUUGCACCUUCUUGUGCCAGAAGCCAUUGCAGGCCAAGUCGAGCACGUGUACUAUCAUGAUGCUGAAUCGUUCAUCUGGGUCCUCACCUGGAUCUGUCUUCGGUAUGAAAAUGGCAAGCUUCUCAGGAAGAACAGACCACUCGAUGAAUGGCUAACACAUGCAUCCAACGUCAUCGCACCAAAGAACUUCGACGUUGCAAUGCAGUGCUUGGCGGUGAUUCACGGAUAUACAGGCCCAUUCGCGUCUGUUCCAGCGGACGAUGACGUAGUAUUUAACACAUGGCUCCAGAACCAUGUGCCCAAGAAUGUGCUUCAAGGCAAUAUCUCGUAGGGUAGGUAUACUACUUGGGCAGCGUGCCUCCAAAUGUAAUCUAAGUUACGUAUCCACAAGUGUUCCGUUCACCUUCGGACGUUUUCCACCCUAAAAGAUGUCUGUAUAUUACGUUUUACCAUUGUCUUUCUCUUGCAAGUAGCGCUCGAAUGUCCCGUCGACUUCAGCUG